AAAAGUGUGUGUGGGUCAUCCUUGAACAUGUCAAACAGUAAAACAGUCAAACAGUCAAACAUUAUGAGCAGGAGAAAACAAAAUAAUCGUCUCUCUUGGGCCGAUAUGCGUGCGGUUGGAUUUGAUUUUAUAGAACUGCUGGAGGAAAAAGGCAAGAGAUCUAUUACUGAUAGAGCCGCACUUAAAGACAUCUACGAUCGAGAGUUUCGAGACAGGGAUGGAGUUAAAGAUCCAAACUUCUCUUCAGUGCUCUUUGCGUUGAGAAACGGCAACAAAGCGCGCAUCACCAGAUCAGGGCAUGUUUUCUUUAACACCAAUGUCCGGGUGAGGUUGCACGAUCAGUGGUUUAGGCCUUCUUGUAGACAAAAAAAUCAAGCCAUGCCCAGUCUGAGUAAUAGUAGCUCACUGCCAACCGCAAGUGUUCUGGAGGUCUCUGACCCACUUUCCAUUCCAGGAACAGAGGGUGGAGUCAGAGGUAGGAGGAAACUGGCAAAAGAUAUACUACACCGACUGAACAGUAAAGAUAGGUCUGUGUUUAUAGCUGAUAAGUAUGGGGUGCGGGUGUCCUCAGAGAUGCCGAUGGAGGAUGGUAAGAUUCAGAUCUUUGUGGACAGCGCAAAGGUUUAUGAUCUAAAGCUGUUUGUGCAGAACACAGGUCAGGAGGCUGUGUAUUUCACCUACUACACUGCUCUCCACUGGCUUCAGUGUUUCACUCUGGAAGACAGCAAGAAUGUCACACGGAACAAUCCACUCUGCCUUGAACCUUGUGGAUGGUACGAGGUGACCAUAAGAUUCAAAUUAGAUAAUGUGGGAGUUUAUUCAGCCGCUCUGGCAUUUGAAUUCCAAGAAAACAUCCAGCCCGCCACUCGUCCCUACCAUAUUGUGCGCUUCAUCGAGGCAGUGCACAGGUCUGAGCUUGCAGCUCUUUUGGGCCCCAAAGAACCCUUCAAACCCCUGAGGCUUGAGACCUAUGAACCACUGAGAUGCAGUGUGGUUGAGGGCUAUCCACCUGAGGAACCUUCUCGAAAUCUUUUGAAAUUUGUGGUGCCACUGGAGACAUACCCUCGUCCAUCUUAUAUCUCUGAACUGGCCGAGGCCCUGAACUUUAACCGUUCAUCCUCAACUCUCAGAGUACUGCUCCAGGAACUGCGGUCACUUCUUGAGAGUGAUUUGGAUAUUCGGAACUACACAAAGCGCUUUGAUUUACUUCUGUACUUGGAAGAGGAUCAGAUGCUUCUGGAUAUCAAGAGAUAUAACAAAAAGGAUGUCUCCAUGGUGAGGGACCAUGAAAACAAACGAUUACUGGCCUUAGAGGUCCCUGGUGUUUCGGAGAAUAGGCCAUCACUCCUUAGGGGAGAUCAUCUGCUUCUCACCAAGAGUAAGGAGGUCUAUCUCUCAACUGUAACAAAGUACAAGGGCUACGUUCACAGAGUGGAACAGGAUCAGGUCAAACUUGGCUUCUCCAACAAACUGCUUGACAAUUUCAUAGAUAAUAUGAAAUUCCACUUGGAGUUUACGGUUAACCGUCUCCCAAUAAAACUGCAACAUCAAGCAGUACAAUUGGUGGUCAAGCAUAACCUGGGUGCUGUGCUUUUCCCUGUGGGCUCAAAGAGUGUUGAUGUGUCGCCACCUUCCUUGAGAAUCUUGGAUGUAAAGCUGGAUAGGAAUCUUGAACAGAAAUCUGCAGUAUGUCACAUUGUGGCUGGUACAUCCAAGCCAGCACCAUACUUAGUGUUUGGGCCUCCAGGCACUGGUAAAACUGUCACUAUAGUGGAGGCAAUCAAACAAGUAGAGAUGAACAUAUCUGGUGCCUAUAUACUAGCAUGUGCUCCCUCUAACAGUGCGGCUGAUCAGCUGUGUGAAAAGCUGAUCCAACAUGUUGACUCAAGGAAAAUAUACCGACUCUAUGCUAGUUCACGCAAUCCAGAAGACAUCCCUGAAGCUCUCAUGAUCAACAGUAAUGUGGAGGAUGGCAUGAUUGUUUUUCCAUGUAAAGAGGAUCUAAUGUCUUACAAGAUCCUGGUCAGCACUUUGGUCACUGCAGGAAGGUUGGUCAGUGGAGAUUUUCCUGUGGGUCAUUUUUCUCAUAUCUUUGUGGAUGAGGCUGGACAUGCUGUGGAGCCAGAGACUGUCAUCAGUGUGGGAGGAUUACUGAAUGCAGAGACUGGACAGCUUGUUUUGGCCGGAGAUCCCAAACAGCUGGGGCCGAUUCUGAGAUCUCCUUUUGCCAUUAAAUACGGACUUGGCCUUUCCUUGCUGGAGAGGCUGAUGACACAGAAUGAACUUUAUCAGACAGGUACUACAGGAUAUGACAAACGUUAUGUCACCAAACUGCUGCAAAACUACAGGUCUCAUCCAUCCAUUCUGAAAGUUCCUAAUGAGUUGUUCUAUGAUGGGGAGUUGGUGGCAUGUGCAGAUGAGAUCAGCUCCAGCCAGUACUGUACUUGGGAGCACCUGCCCAAAAGAGGAUUUCCUGUGAUAUUCCAUGGAGUGAUUGGGAAGGAUGACAGAGAGUUAAACAGCCCUUCCUUUUUUAACAUCUCUGAAAUUGACAUCAUCAUUGACUACCUGAAGAAGCUGCUCCUGACACAAGCCAAGAAAGGCAUUGCUAAAAUCUCCCCCAAAGAAAUAGGCAUUAUCGCCCCCUACAGGAAACAGGUGGAGAAAAUCAGACAGGCCAUCAGAAUGCAGAAGGAGAUUAAAUCCUGCAUGGACAUUGAAAAACUUAAGGUUGGUUCCGUGGAGGAGUUUCAAGGCCAGGAGAGGAAAGUGAUAAUAGUAUCGGCUGUUCGUAGCAGCAAUGAGUAUAUCAGUUUGGAUGAAACAUUCAACAUUGGGUUUCUCAAGAAUGAGAAGAGGUUCAAUGUGGCAAUGACCAGAGCCAAAGCCUUGCUUAUAAUGGUGGGAAACCCCAUCAUUCUAAGGACAGAUGAAAACUGGGGCAGAUUUAUUGAUUACUGCACUGAGCAUGGCGGGUAUACUGGAUAUGAUAUUUCCAGCUUAGAGGGAACAGAGGAGGUUGUUGAACGUCUGCUUGCACUGAACAUUCACAAGGAGACCAUCGUGGAAACCGAGGAGAGUGUGGUCCAACAAUAUCUGAAUCCUGAGUGGAGACAUGAGCACUAAAUGAAGUGAUAAUUUCUUAAAGCUUCUCCAGCUCAAGCCUGCUUAAACUAGACUGAAAUACUCUUAAUGAAUUUGGAAGUUUAGUUUUAAAGCCAAUGAUGUGAUGAUACUUUUUGUACCUAAUGAAUAAUCUCAGAGGUGGAGUGUAAUAAAGGUUUUAUCAUAUGCAUUACAGAAAACAGAUUUAUCUUUGGUUAAUGUUAAUGAAUAUUAGCACAUGGGUUCUUCAAACUAUUCAUUUUUGAUGAUAAAAUGCCUUAUUUUUUUAUCUUUUAAAGUCACACAUACAUCAAAUAAAACAUUUCAUGAGUAUUUAUUUUUCUUUUUGUGUGUGCAUAAAAUAAUUGAAAAUAUAAAAAAGGUAAAUUCCUUUUAUUAAAUUAAUUUAAUAUUUAUUUUAUACACACUUGGUAAUCACUGACCUCAUUAAUGCAGUGUGGAUGGGUUUUGUUUGUGCUUGUUUGUCUGGAAAUCUUGAAAUAGCAUUUGUUUUACAUCUGAGCACUGUCAACCCUGUUAUGAAUUUAUUAUUUUAAAUGAUCAAAUAAUUAUAACUAGGGUCAGAAACCUGCCGCAUCAUUUACAAUUACAUAUUAAACCACAAAUCAGUGCAAAUGCUGGAGCCAUGUUAAUAGUCAAUUUGAUGACAAAUUAUUUCUCCAAAUGGUUUAUAAUAAAAGCUAUGA